UGUCACCUGCUGAUCCACAAGGAGAACUACACUCUCCUGUGGGCCCUGACGCUCACGCCUAAGAUGCGGUGCGCCUACGUAGAACUACAACUCCCGCGGCAAUGAGGACUCCGCCUAGAAGAAACUACAUUUCCCAGAAGUCCUCGUCCCGCAGCUACGGAACCUAUGGGCUUUGAAAUAGUUGCCACCGGACGGCGUGCCGGCGGCGGACAUGGCUUUCUCGACCAGAUCGGUGGGGCGCCUGUUGGGGCCAGUCAGUAGGUCAGCGGCGCUUUUGGGUGGCAGGUGGCUCCAGCCCCGGGCCUGGCUGGGGCUCCCCGACGCCUGGGGACUCCCCGCCGUGCAGCAGACCCGGGGCAAGGCGCGCGGGAACGAGUAUCAGCCGAGCAACAUCAAGCGCAAAAACAAGCAUGGUUGGAUCCGGCGCUUGAGCAAGCCAAGCGGCGUCCAGGUCAUUCUUCGCCGCAUGCACAAGGGUCGAAAAUCAUUGAGCCACUGAGCAGUGCGACGCUGCCCGCUGGACCCCCCCCCCCAUUAAAGCAUUUUUCCUCGCUGACGACUGGGACUCGGACGGACAUGAAUUCUCAGAUUUCGGGGUUGGCCCAGGGGAAGAAUUGUGGGAUUGGACUGGAAGAGGGAGUGGGAAGUCAGACCUUGCCAAGUGCCUUUUUACGCUUUUGAAUUAGAAAGAAUUUCGAACAUGUGCAUCAGUCCACAGAAUGGUACAGUGAACGCCCUUGUAACCCGGUACACAGCUCUACCCACAACCUAUCCUGCCCUCUCCUGAGGUGCAAAUCUCGGGCAGCAGGUUAUUUCUUCUGUAAAUAUUUCAGAACUCACUUCUCUAAGAUAAUGGCCCUUUAAUACAUAUUCACAAAGCUUUUCAAAGCUAAAAAAAAAAAAGGCCAACAA